AACACAUGCAGUAGGAUUUUUGUGAACGUUUGUGCAGUGACACUGCUCGAUUCAUGGACAUCAAUUGAAUUUCAGAGUCCAAGCGGCUCCUUUAAAAUGGGUGGGCGUUACUUUAUUCAUGCGGCUCACUGACAGGCUAAUGCCCCACUCACUCAAGAUCCAUUCAUAAAUAAGUCAUUACAAAAAGGAAGUGAAGCCACCGGAGAUUAUUAAUUUCAGUCUAGAUAUGUGUUGCAACCCUCCCUUUUAAUUCUAAGAGGAAUAAAUUAUAAAAUUAUUUCCACCGCUGUCAGCAAGAUGGGUUUCAGCUAUACAGAGAACGCGCAGAAGUGACUUCCGACUGGUGACCCUCUUCUAACAGCGAUGAGUUUAUGCGCGUUCUACCAGGAAGCUCAACGCAUACUGUGUUGAGAACAUUCAACCACAGCUGAUACGCACUCCCCCAUCCUCCAUCUAAGGGGGCCGAAAGGGAUGUUGUAAAAUAGUUGAGAUUAGUAUUUUCAUUUUCACCAAUUCCAUUCUUAUUGUUCAAUGUCUGCCGCAUCUAUCUCUUUCGGUCUCGCCUGAAGUAAGAAGCCUAGAUCCGUGGUGUAGGCUAGAUCACCAAAUGGAACGGUGAACUAUGGCAGCUAAAGACGAUCUUUAUGCCAAAGUCACCCCUCGAAGACAGCGUCAGACCAGACCAGGCACUGUCAAACAUGGGUCCAGUCUGGACGUGCUGCUAUCCAUGGGCUUUCCCAAAACCAGGGCGCUGAAAGCAUUGGUUUCAACUGGGGGCAGAAAUGUACAAGCUGCCUGUGACUGGCUCUUUUCUCAUGUGGACGACCCCUUCCUGGACGACCCUCUGCCCAGGGAGUACGUGCUGUACCUGCGGCCCAGCGGGCCCCUGCUCCACCAGCUCGCCCACUUCUGGCAGCAGAGCCGCGUCACGUGCGGCAAGAACAAGGCCCACAACAUCUUCCCUCACAUCACGCUCUGCCAGUUCUUCAUGUGUGCGGACGCCAAGGUGGAGGCGCUGUGCGAGGCGCUGCAGACCACGGUGGGCCAGUGGAAGGGCCGCUUCCCCAACCCACUGCCCCUGGAGCUCUACACCUCCUCCAACUUCAUCGGCCUCUUCGUGGACGAGCAGGUGGCCGAGGUGCUUAAGACCUUUGCCUUGGACUUUGCCAACGAGGCGGCGGCAAAAGCAGGUGGGCAGCAGGAACUGCAUGUGGGAGAUACAGACUUCAAUGACGCCCACGUGGAGCCACAUAAGAAGCAGCUUCAUGUUACUCUUGCAUACCACUUCCAGACCAAUCACUUGUCUUCGUUAGAAAAGUUGGCCAAGGGCAUCGACGUAACGCAGGGCUGCGAUUGGCUAGCCGUGCUCUUCUCCAGGGACAUCCGGUUUGCCAAUCAUGAGACUCUGCGGGUGAUGUACCCGUACGCGCCGCAGAAUGAGGACGAGCUGGAGCUGGUGCCGGGGGACUUCAUCUUCAUGUCGCCCGUGGAGCAGGGCAGUGCAAGCGAGGGCUGGGUCUAUGGGACUUCGCUGGGCACGGGGCUGUCUGGCCUGUUGCCUGAAAACUAUGUCAGUCGGGCAGAUGAGUGUGACACCUGGAUCUUCCAUGGGUCCCAUUCUUUCCUCAACAGUACCUCCCCCACCAGCAUGGGGGGUGCUUUAGGCGGUCUGCUUCUAGAUGGUCAGCUGGACGGCCGCCUUCUGGACGACCCGAGUCCUAUAGACCCCACUGGUCUGUUUUGUCAACCUAUGCAGAUGCUUCGGCCAAUCAGCAACAGCCAGUCUCGGCUGCCCAAGAGGACCCUGUUUGUGUGUCGCCACGGCGAGAGAAUGGACGUGGUGUUUGGGAAACACUGGAUCUCCCAGUGCUUUGAUGCCAAAGGUCGAUAUGUACGGUCCAAUCUUAACAUGCCGGCUAGUCUUCCAGCGAGAACUGGUGGCUACAGGGACUACGAUAAGGACUGCUCUAUCACUGUGUUUGGGUCGACACAGGCUCGCCUCAUAGGUGAGGCUCUGCUGGAGAGUCAGACAGGCAUAGACUUUGUGUACUGCUCCCCCUCACUGCGUUGUGUGCAAACAGCCCAUCACAUCCUGCGAGGUCUCCAGCAGGAUGGGAAGACUAAGAUUCGUGUGGAGCCGGGGCUGUUUGAGUGGACUAAGUGGGUCUCGGGUACCUCCCUGCCUUCCUGGAUACCCCCUGCUGACCUGGCAGCUGCCAGCCUGUGUGUGGAUACAACGUAUAGACCUCAUAUACCCAUUAGCAAACUUGGUGUGUCCGAGUCCUACGACACGUACAUCAGCCGGAGCUUCCAGGUGACUCGGGAGAUCCUCAGCGAUUGCAAAAACCUCGGAAACACAGUGCUGAUAGUGGCCCACGCUUCCUCCCUGGAGGCCUGCACGCGGCAGAUGCAGGGCCUCAGCCCCCAGAAUUCCAAGGACUUUGUGCAAGUGGUCCGAAAGAUUCCCUACCUGGGCUUCUGCGCGUGCGAGGAGAUCGGCGAGAUGGGCGUGUGGCAGCUGGUGGACCCGCCCAUCCUGCCUCUCACCCACGGGCCCAAUCACACCUUCAACUGGCGCGAGACUUUGCUGCAGGACUGAACAAGCCCGUUUGGCCUCACACCCCCACCCGCCCCCACCGCGCGCGUCCGUAACCCCCUUUGCCGCUGUCCCUUCCGUUCGUCCAUCCCUUGUGCGUCCUCAGGGCCCCUCGCGGGCAGCUCACGAGACGCCGCACGGCGCCGCAGAAAGCGCUCAGCCUCUUCUUUGUCCGCCUGGCCUGCACCGCCUAUGGCACCAAAUGAUUGGACCAACAAACAAAAACAAAACAAUAACAGCAACAAACAAAAACAAAAACACGUCUAGGCUUCCAUAGCACUCUUGUCAAUGGGCAGCUGCAGUAUAUUAUGCCCAUUCUAUAUGUGUAUGUAAAUGUAUGUACUGUAUAUUGGCAGCAUUGAUACUUGUACCCAUAAUGUGAUUUCACUUGUCCCUGGUGACGACAUGUUUACUGGUCAAUAGCCAUAGGUGGGAGAAGGUGAAGGGGAGAGCUGAGGGGGGAUGCUGCAGAAUGCUUGGACUCCACUGCCCACAUACGCUUUUAACUGCCCCUUCUGUUCUCUCUCCCCCGGGGCACUGAUGAGGAGAUUGGUGCAAGUGUUGGGCUGCCUGCGCCCCAGGAUCAUGGCGUGUGAGGGUGACAAACUCAGGUUUCUGUCAUGUGGAGAGUUAGCUGUGAGGGCUGAUUGACCCAGAGUCGCUGUGAAAGAUUUUGGGGCUGGACAAGAUGACCACCCCCCCUAAAGCGCAGUGGCAUGAGCUUUUUGGCUUCCACUGAACUGCACCAGUCCACCAUGUGCCAGGCUGCACGGAGAGGACUCGGCUGGUCUUCUCUGUAAACACACUGUGAGGAAAGGAGACACACACACACACACACACAUGCACUCAUAUGACCUGCCACGCGUCUCACACUCCACGUGUCUCCAUUGCACCUGCACAAAACCUUCCAGAACAAAGCACAAAAGGAGGAAGACCCCAGACAAUCAAGAUAGUACAGGACUGGUGGGUAACAAGGCUGGAAUUAACUUGUGCUUUCAACCAGUUGGCACUUUACUUGAAGGUUUUUAUUUUUAAAGGAUUUUUUUUGUUGAUUCAGAAAAUAUACUAUAUUAUAUUAUAUUAUAUUAUAUUAUAUUAUAUUAUAUUAUAUUAUAAAAGUCCUUUAUAAUCAAUACCUUUAAGUUUUGUGCUCUCCUCCUCACCUGUUUUGUGGAGGGAAUUUCUUCCGGUAUGGUGUUGAAGUAAGCCUUACUUUUGGAUCAUUGUAAAUGAGUGUAUUACUAUCCUACGUCAAUUUCACAAACUAUUUAGUUGAAGUACCUUACUAAUUAGCUGGGAGCCAACUCUUUAAUGUAGUUGAAAUAAUAUUUAACUCAAUUUAUUUAUAUAUUCAUACCGUACUAGCUAAAAUUAUUUACAGGUGCUUAGGACAAAGUACUAUUCUGGGGUAUGUUUUGCUGUCGAAACAGAACAGAAGCUGUAGCAAAGUAUAAUGCAGUUAUUCCUCACUCAAGCAGUUAUACAUAUCAAACGUGCUGAGUACUUUCAGUCUUUCCAUGUAUGUUCUCAAUGUAGCCAUUUUAUCAGUUGACCUGAACUAACUGUAGUGUUAUAAUGCAAAUGAAUAGGAGGGUCAUACUCAUUUUGUUUAUCUUCUUUCUUGUACACCUCUUUUUACUGAGGUGGUUUUCUCCAGAAGAUUUCACAAGCCUUCCUUUGUAAAUCCACUCGCAUGCGCAGUGGAACCUCAGUGACUUUGUGCUGUCCUUCAGAAACGGGCUUGUUCUCAUAACAGCUAGUCAAAAACGUGAACCAAACCGAAUGCCGGCAGAAGCGCCCACCCGGAAAUGCUUCCUGUGCAAGCACUGGAACAAGACGUUGUCACUGCUUACACUCAAUAUCACUUGAUGCGUGUCUGUGUGAUUUGCCAUAUCAGAAGUGUUGCUUUCAAUCAAGCCAGAUGCUGCCUGGUCUUGUGUAUUGUGUCCGUUGUCAUUGUGCCAUUUUUUUGCUGUCUUCUUGCCAUAUUGCUUUGUUUUUCAGAGUUACAUCCGAGGUAUCUGGCACUUCCAGACUGACUGCUAAUAAUAAGCAGUACAGUACUUUACCAGGUGUUUGGUUAGGGGCUAACCAUGCCAAAUAGUGAUUGGUUGUCUAUAUAAAUGGUGCUUGUCUGUCUAAAAUAACCACCAACCUUGCUUUAGUGUGCACUUUGUCAACUGAGAGUUAACAAGGUCCAAGUGUACUUUUUAGAAAAACAUAAUUGAACACAAUCUAUGAAAAUUAUUGUUAGAAUUUAUUUUUGCAUUAUUUUUUAUAAAUAAUAUAUUAUUAUUUCACACCAAAUCAUAUUAUUUUAUAUUAUUUGGUGAGGGAACAAAAAAAAUCAAAUUUGUGUACAUGGCAGACCUUGUUAAUUCUCAAUCGACACCUUGUUAACGCAGUGUGUCCAAUAGGGGAGAACUGGUGUGCCAUUUGGUUAAGGGCUUCUGUGAGAUGAAGUGAAUGACAGGCAUGUGUAUUUUACCCCACCCCCACCCCAACUCUUCCCG